AUGGACGCGGAAGCAAUUUUCGACGAUAGACCGAGAGCGGAUAAUCUACCGCAUCUUCUGUCUGGAAUAAAUAUGGAAUAUAUUGGCGAAACUCAUCAAGCCCUUGAGCAGGAGCUGGAUUAUCAGACAUACCUUGAGGAUGAACUCAAAAACUACGUCGCAAGAGGUCUCUAUUCCCAACACGAUGCUGUUAACCUCCAGACCCUUAUCAACAUUAAUCGAGAACAUCUCGAAUCUCUUUCCCCCAUCACCAGUUUGGAACAUAUGUUCUCCGAAAUCUCCCAAAAAGUUUCAGAUCGUGCAGUGGAUCUUGCGAAUGCUCGAGACAGUCAGGCUUUUUGGGAUCGAAACCUAAGUAAGAAUAUGCGUGCAUGCUGGAAAACAGUCCAACGCUUCGCCUAUGUCAGUAGAGUUCACAUUUCAAAUGCUUCAGAAUAUCAAAUGUUCUACUACAACUGUGAUCACUUCAUCAAAUCCCUUCAAAAGAAAGCAGAAAUUAACUACAAUCGAUAUCGUGAUAUUGACACUGACUAUCCGUCCGUUUCAACUUCUCGUCUUAACACCUUCAUGACCGAGGGUCUUGCAAAAUUCCAGUCCUUAGCCUCAGAAGUUAUGCGUCUGAUGGAUAAAGCCCAGCGUGUUAAUCCCGUCUACCUACGAGUUCGAGGUCUCAACCGUCCCGUUUCAGGUAUCAUGCUCUGUGAUUACACCACAAAGAACUUUAGUCUACGGGCUGGACAGCACGUCUUCGUUCUAAACAAUGCUUAUGUAACACCCUUGACUUCCAACUCAGAUGCAACUGAAGGUUCAGAAACUUCGGAAUGUAGUACCUGUUCAUAUUGUUGUGGACUUCACCAUAGUCAUCAUCCAGGUUGUGAAAACUAUGAAGUGCAAAUGUCGACCACAGUUACGGAAACAACUCCAACUGAAGAAGGAACUGAUUCUGCAGACUUGGCACAAGGAGCACCUGUUGUUAUGCGAAGAAGACAACUCAGUGAUGUCUCAUCUGUUACAGAAGAAACGAAUGGUCCAAGCGAAGAAUCAACGGUGAAUAGCACCCCGGGAUGCAGUCAUACCUUCUGCAGUCAACGAGAACCUGUUAUAUGGAAAGUUCGUACAUCUGACGGUAGCUUGACGGUUGAUGUUCCAGCAGUCACUGUAAUGAUCAAUGAACGUGACGAAGAAGCCAUUGCCCAUGCUCAUGAAAUCUACGAGUUCUUUACGAAUAUGUGGAGAGAAGCAAUCGAUAUCUGGCUGACCAAAGGAGUUAAAGCUCUUACCAACUACUUUUCAACUCUAAUUGAAGCCAAGUAUAUUCGCUUAGAAAGCGAGAGAAUUUUCCAACAGUUCUUGGAUGAAGUUCAGAGAGCAUUCCCAAUUCAAGAUCCUGAAAGUGCAUCAGCAAACAAAAUCCUCAAUGAAAUGAUUGAAACACUGAGAGAGAAAAUAAGGCGACAAGAAACUCGUGAAGAAACAACUGAGGAAAUUUACGUUAGGAUUACUGAAGUUGCAACCUAUCGUAAAACGGUCCAGAAAGUUAGAGAUCACGUCAAUCACAUCAGGCGAUUUAUGAAAGACGUUGAGGAGAACACUCACAGAGGUUACAUCGAUACAGCUACCUUAAAAUCAAUGGGAGAUCUUAAAUACGUCUAUGAGGAAACAGUUGAAGAACAUAGGAAAUUGGAGAGAAUGUUACGCCAAGUCAAUGCCUUCCGAACUGGACGAAGAUCACCAAGGGUGCCUGUGCAUACGAUACAAAGCUUUUACGGCAAAUACUACUCUUCAGCUGAAGAAUACUCUAGUGAAUCAGAAGAAUCACAGUAUGAUGUGGAAAGGAGUAAGGAUUUAUCAACUAGAAUUCUGUAUGGGAGAGAAGAAACCCACCGAACAACUGCGCUAACAGAUCGACCGCGAUACGUAAGGCGGCCGCGUGGUGGCGUAGCGGGUGGGGAACUACCUACAGAUUCUAGCGAUGAAUCAGAUACUGGAAAACCUCGUCGUUCAAGCGGGUUCCUCUACAAACCAACUCAUGGACGCCGCGAUGAACACGUAUCAGAAAUUAUUGAGGAGACCAAUGACACUGUGAUUAGCUCAAUGACUUUAGAUCGAAAGAUUAAUUUUGCGAAACAGAUCAGACGUCCUGAUGAAAUUGACAUCUCUCCAGAUGAGCGGUAUCGUAGUCGACGUCAAUAUCAUGUUCCACCUGGACCUCAAAAAGGUGACGUGUCAAUGGUCUAUCUUCAGAUUACAACUGCCAAAAGUACUCAAGACCCCAUGUCACCGACAGAUGAUAAUCGACAAAGUAGAGGAAUUCAAAUUGACAUUGAGACAAUACCUGUUGAUGGUAAGGAUGUUCUUCAGGUUGAACCAAGAGUUGCAUCGUGGCAAAAGAACGCUGCUGGUGGAAUGACACUCAGACACGAUGUAUCAUUGGAUCCAAUACAGUUGGAAAGAGAAAGAAGACCAGGUCCGGAAAGAACGAUGGAGGCAAUCGUAGUUGGAACAGCGAGAACUGAUGAUUAUCAUGAUCGCGGUGUUCAGGUGACAAGUCGAGAUGAGUAUAAAGGAAUAAUGAAGCCUCCAAUGUACGAGUAUGUGCAAAGAUCAACACAGACAGCAGCUUACGUAGAACCAAUAGAAGUAAUCCAAAUUGACAAGACUGAGAUGGUACACGCUGCUCCCCCAAUUCCAGAAAAUCGUUAUAUCGUUUCGUCUUUCACUGAGGUACCAAAAGUUACAAGUGGCUUAAUUUCAAGCAGCUUGAUUCUCGGUCAAACCGACACUGCCAUCACAGCACCAAGGAGUGAAAUUUCAACUACGAUAUCUACCGUCACACAUGACACAGUGAAAGAAUUUAUUCCGAGUGCAAUCGGCGUUUCCACUGAGCAAUUGCUUCACUCAGAAGAUGCCUGGACUGAAGCCGCUAUAGUUGAAGAAAUUCAAGUUCCAACCAUCCAACAAAUAAGAAAAGUUGGAGAGAAAUCAGCACCACCAAUUGAAUCAGUCCACCAAAUAGUGAAAGUUAGAGCAUGCCAGACUUCAAAACCACUAUUCAACGAUUUCGAAGUACAGACAAGAAUUGAUACACAACGCAUAGAGUCAAUAACUAGCACAAUUGAAGAACCGUCAAGAGAAGUUAUAACCAGCAGUGAGAUUAAAAAUGUUGAGUUCACUAUUACGGCAGGAAGUGAACAGGUUUUGCAUACUGAACAACCAGUUUUAGAAAGAGCAGAGCUUGUUUCGGUUACGACUUCAUGGACGGAAACUCCCAGGGUUCUAGGAGAAAUUUCUAGUGACUGGAUAGCGGACAUAGCAGACAGAGGUAUCAGUGCACCUGAAAUUGCAGUUGAAAGUACUGUUACUUCAUCUCAAAAGACACCUGAACCUCGUAUCACCCAAAUAAAUGUCAAUACACAGACGGAAUCAGAAUAUAUAAGCCGUGGUACGGUGACCAUGGUCGUAGAAGAAAUGAUGCCACCAAUAAGAGUUGUAGAGGCACCCAGAGUUCAAGCAGCACCAUUGGUAGAGCCACGUGUUAGCAUUCGAUAUUGCCAGACAUCGACACCCCUUCACAUUCAUUACGAGGGUAUUACAACUAUCGAAGAAGCACGAACUAGAGUUUCAGAAUCAAAACCUAGAAUGCAUUCUAUAGAAUUGCAAGCACAAAUAGCUGCUGAAAGUCUGGAAGCAAUAACACAUGCCAAUGAAGAAGAGCGUCGUCAGUUGAAAGGAAUCGGUAUUAACACAGAAGACUUGAAAACCUACUUAGAUGCAUGGACAGAAGCAUUUGUAGUUGAUGAGCCACAAAAGCUAAUUGUUCAAGAGCACACUAUGGAAGUAAAAGCAGAACUUGGUCCAAAACGAGUCACACAUUCAAUGGAGACGCAGACACUAUUCCGAGGUGAAAUGACUAUCCUGUCCGUUGAGUGUCCUUCAAUAGUAUCAGUAUCGACAGCAUCAAUGACAGAUUGUACAAUUGAGCAAGUUCAACCAACAGAAAUUCACAGAAUUCGACAACUUAUUCCAGAAUUUGGCACAGUAACUACAACAAGCGAAGCACCACGCCUGGAGGAAGUGGGUACCAGCACAGAUUCUAUGAUGACAUAUCUUGACACUUGGACAGAAACGACAGCAAUAGAAGAGCCUUCUCCCAAACCAAGAAUGCAUUCUAUGCAAGUACAAGCUCAAAUAGGCACGGAUGUUCAAGAAACAACAACAUAUACAACUAGCGAAAAACAGCAUCAAUUAGAAAGAAUCAGUAUUAACACAAAAGACUUGAUAACCCACUCAGAAGCGUGGACAGAAGCAUUGGCAAUGGUUGAGCCGGAAAAAUUAAUCUACCAAGUGCAAACAGAAGAAGUCAAAGCGCAGCCCGUUGUGAAGAAAAGAAUGGAUUCAAGAGAGAUACAAGCAAGUAUGAUGUCGGAAAGAAUCGACACAACAACACAAGUUUCAGAAUUGUCAAAGAGAAUGGAUGUUGUAAACGUAGAAACCCCAGUAAUAGAAUACAGAGCAACUGCCAUAAUGACAAAAUCGAUGAUUGAGCCAACUCAACAAGUCGUUGUCCACGCUUUCGCUCCAGCUAAGCCUCUGGAAAUCGCAUCCACUGGUUUGGAUAUCGGGCAGACAGAUACACAGACUGACGUACACAGCGAGGGUUUGCUAACAACUGUAUCUUCAGUAGUUGAGCUCCCUAUCCGUCAAUCUGAAGUAACAAUAGGAGCAGAAGUCAAAUAUUCGGAUGCUCAAACAACAGCAGAAGCUGAAGAACUCAAAACACUUGUGUCUUCUUGGGCAGAAGAAGUGAUCAUCAGAACAAUACCUGCACCAGUUGUAGAAGCACCACCACCAUUGCCAAUGACACCAAUUCUCACGUCU